AUUUAAAACAUUGUAUCAGUAACAAAGGUGCGCCUCAUGGGUGGAGCUGAGCCCUGCGACGGCGAAAGUCCAGGUUCGGCAGCUGGACUUGUGAGUCGGUACCCGAGGAGGAGCGAGUGUCGUGUGUUCGACCUAAGCCGCCCCUGCUGCCAUGUCGCAAGGGAUCCUUUCUCCACCAGCCGGCUUGCUGUCAGAUGAGGACGUUGUAGUCUCCCCCAUGUUUGAGUCCACGGCUGCAGAUUUAGGGUCUGUGGUACGGAAGGACCUGGUAUCAGACUGCUCUGUCAUCUCCACCUCCCUGGAGGAUAAGCAGCAGCAGGUUCCAUGUGAGGAUAGUACAGAGAAGGUGAAAGUAUACCUGAGGGUCAGGCCCUUGUUACCCUCAGAAUUGGAACGACAGGAAGAUCAGGAUUGUGUCCGUAUCGAGAAUAUGGAGACCCUUGUUCUACAGGCACCCAAGGACUCCUUUGCCCAGAAGAGCAGUGAGCGGGGAAUUGGACAAGCUGCCCAUAGAUUCACCUUUUCCCAGAUCUUUGGGCCAGAAGUGGGACAGGCAUCUUUCUUCAACCUGACCGUGAAGGAGAUGGUAAAAGAUGUACUCAAAGGGCAGAACUGGCUCAUCUAUACAUAUGGAGUCACCAACUCAGGGAAAACCCACACAAUUCAAGGUACCAUCAAGGAUGGAGGGAUCCUACCCCGGUCGCUUGCUCUGAUCUUCAAUAGCCUCCAAGGCCAACUUCAUCCAACACCUGAUCUGAAGCCCAUACUCUUCAAUGAGGUGAUCUGGCUAGACAGCAAGCAGAUGCGACAGGAGGAAAUGAAGAAACUGUCUCUGCUAAAUGGAGGCCUCCAAGAGGAGGAGCUGUCCACCUCCUUGAAGAGGAGUGUCUACAUUGAAGGUCGGAUGGGUACCAGCAGCAGCUUUGAUAGUGGUGUUGCUGGACUCUCCUCCAGUCACAUGACCAGCAGUAGCCAGCUGGAUGAAACGAGUCCCCGAUGGGCACAGCCAGACACCAGCCCUGUGAGUGUCCCUGCAGACAUCCGCUUCUCCGUCUGGAUCUCCUUCUUUGAGAUCUACAAUGAACUGCUUUACGACCUGUUAGAACCACCUAGCCAGCAGCGCAAGAGGCAGACUCUGCGGUUGUGUGAGGAUCAGAAUGGCAACCCCUAUGUGAAAGAUCUCAAUUGGAUUCAUAUUCAGGAUGCUGAAGAGGCCUGGAAACUGCUCAAAGUGGGUCGUAAAAACCAGAGCUUUGCCAGCACCCAUCUGAACCAGAACUCUAGCCGCAGUCAUAGCAUCUUCUCAAUACGUAUCCUGCACCUUCAGGGGGAAGGGGAUAUCAUCCCGAAGAUCAGCGAGUUGUCAUUCUGUGAUCUGGCUGGCUCAGAGCGCUGCAAAGAUCAGAAAAGUGGUGAUCGACUAAAGGAAGCAGGAAACAUUAAUACUUCUCUGCACACCCUGGGCCGUUGUAUUGCUGCCCUGCGCCAAAACCAGCAGAAUCGGUCAAAGCAGAACCUGGUUCCCUUCCGUGACAGCAAGUUGACUCGGGUAUUCCAAGGCUUCUUCACAGGUCGAGGCCGCUCCUGCAUGAUUGUCAAUGUGAAUCCAUGUGCAUCUACCUAUGAUGAGACCCUUCACGUGGCCAAGUUCUCAGCCAUUGCCAGCCGGCUUGUGCAUGCUCCACCUGUGCAACUGGGAUUCCCAUUGCUACAUUCAUUCAUCAAGGAACACAGUCUACGAGCAUCUCCCAACUUAGAGAUGGUAGCUAAGACAGAUCCAGGCCUUGAUGACACUGAAAAUGAAGUUGACAUCUCCAUUUAUGGCAAGGAGGAGCUCCUGCAGGUGGUGGAAACCAUGAAAGCAUUGCUUUGUAAAGAAAGGCAGGAAAAGUUGCAGCUGGAGAUGCAGCUCCGUGAUGAAAUUUGCAAUGAGAUGGUGGAACAGAUGCAACAACGGGAACAGUGGUGCAGUGAACAUUUGGACACCCAAAAGGAACUAUUAGAGGAAAUGUAUGAAGAGAAACUAAAGAUCCUCAAGGAGUCACUUACGAGCUUUUACCAAGAAGAGCUUCAGGAACGGGAUGAGAAAAUUGAAGAGCUAGAAGCUCUUUUGCAGGAAGCCAGACAGCAGCCAAUAGUCCAUCAACAAUCAGGGUCUGAAUUGUCCCUUCGGCGGUCACAAAGGUUGGCAGCUUCUGCCUCCAAUCAGCAGCUCCAGGAGCUUACCGCUAAACUGGAACAGUGCAGAGCAGAGCUAAACUCCACCACUGAAGAACUACAGAAGUAUCAGAAAAUGUUAGAACCACCCCCCUCAGCCAAGCCCUUUACCAUUGAUGUGGACAAGAAAUUAGAGGAGGGCCAAAAGAAUAUCAGGCUGCUGAGGACAGAGCUUCAGAAACUUGGUGAGUCUCUCCAGUCAGCAGAAAGAGCCUGCUGCCACAGCACUGGGGCAGGAAAACUUCGCCAAGCUUUGAACACUUGUGAUGACAUCUUAAUCAAACAGGUUAGGACACCCUGUAUCUCUUCUCUCCCAUCAGCUUACUCCAGAGUAUAUGAUCAGACCCUGGCUGAGCUACAGAAUAACAUGAUGCUAGUAAAACUGGACCUUCGGAAGAAGGCAGCAUGCAUCGCAGAACAGUAUCAUACUGUACUAAAACUCCAAGGCCAAGCUUCUACCAAAAAGCGCCUUGGCACCAACCAGGAAAACCAGCAACCAAACCAACAGCCCCCAGGGAAGAAACCAUUUCUUCGAAAUUUACUUCCCAGAACACCCACCUGCCAAAGCUCCACAGACUGCAGCCCUUAUGCCCGGAUCCUGCGCUCACGACGCUCCCCUUUACUCAAAUCUGGGCCUUUUGGCAAAAAAUACUAAGGCUGUGGGAAAGGAGAGAGUCAUUGCCCUGAGGCAAGUCAGCUGCUUGAGAAAUAGGUCUCUUUUAAGCUUUACCAAUACCUGGAACUGUAUCCGGAAUGCAAUAUACAGAUACUAGUUAUUUUCCUCCCUUUUGUAUUAUAAUCCCCUAUGUAAUCUCAUACUUUUUUACUUAUAUGCAUAUGCUCUCUGCACACAAAAAGUUAUAUUAAAUAAACAUUUUAUUCACAUUU